AUGGAAGCCGGCCUUCACAUUGUUUUUGUGGGCACAGCUGGUGUGGGUAAGAGCAUGCUGCUGGUGCUGUUUGCAUUCUACAUGGCUUUGUGUCAGAAGAAGCGUGUCGUGUUGUUUCGAAAGAAGAAGAAAGGAUUUUCCAUGCUGUAUAUGGAUGGAGAGAACGAACAAUACUGGCGAAUGGACAGGGCGGAGAUUGAGGAUCUUGACCGUCAGCUUCGUCUAGGCGCUGAAUUGUGUCUGGAUGGGAUCCGGACGACGACCUCCCUGUGCUCAGGCAAUGCCUCGUCCCGUUUUGGUCCAAGUGCGAUUUGA